UCGGUCCCUACCCUUCGGAGGCCGGCGUUUCCCGCUCUGAGGGAUCUUGUGCCGCCGCCGCGGCAGCCACCUGGGGUUUCUUCCGGCGCGGGGUUUCCCUGCCAGCCCAAGGAGUCCAGGGAGGAAAAGCGGAGCCUAGGUGCCAAUAACCCAUACCUCCUGCGUCUCUUCCGCCCGAGAUCGCCCCGGCAGGGAUGGGCGACAAGAUCUGGCUACCCUGCCCGGUGCUCCUCCUGGCCACUCUCUUCUCAGUGCGGCUGCCGGGGGCGGCCGGCUUCACGCCUUCCUUAGACAGCGACUUCACGUUUACCCUUCCGGCCGGCCAGAAGGAGUGUUUCUACCAGCCCAUGCCCCUGAAGGCCUCGCUGGAGAUUGAGUACCAAGUUUUAGAUGGAGCAGGAUUAGAUAUUGAUUUCCAUCUUGCCUCUCCAGAAGGAAGAACCUUAGUUUUCGAACAAAGAAAAUCAGAUGGAGUUCACACGGUAGAGACUGAAGAUGGUGACUACAUGUUCUGCUUUGAUAAUACAUUCAGCACCAUUUCUGAGAAGGUGAUUUUCUUUGAAUUAAUCCUGGAUAAUAUGGGAGAACAGGAGCAAGAACAAGAGGACUGGAAGAAAUAUAUUACUGGUACAGACAUGUUGGACAUGAAACUGGAAGACAUCCUGGAAUCCAUCAACAGUAUCAAGGCCAGACUAAGCAAAAGUGGUCAUAUCCAGACUCUGCUUAGAGCAUUUGAAGCUCGUGAUCGAAACAUACAAGAAAGCAACUUUGAUAGAGUCAAUUUCUGGUCUAUGGUUAACUUAGUGGUAAUGGUGGUAGUGUCAGCCAUUCAAGUUUACAUGCUAAAGAGUCUAUUUGAAGAUAAGAGGAAAAGUAGAACUUAAAACUUUAGAGUACUUAAUACUGAAAAAAAAAAAAAAAA